AUGGACGAUGCUUUGCGUCGCAGCAUCUUUGGUUCAUACGAUGAAUCAGAUGAACCAUCGCCGAAGCGAAGGCGCUCGAGGUCGCGAGACUCGGGCGCUAGCAGUGGUGUCGAUUCUCCUAUGGACACCACUUCGCAACGAGGUGCCAGUCCUUCUGUCGGCACGUCGCAGGAAGAGCGGGACCGCAAUGUCUUGCGUCUCGCUCCUGAAUAG